ACACCGGCAUCAGCGAAGGGGAGGAAGAGGAGGAGCGGGGAGGGAGAAAGGCGAUAAGGAGGGUUUUUGUCGAGCGCGGCCGGCUCUUCAUUCAUGCAUCGGGUCGGAAGAGGGAGCGGCGGUGGCGGGGACGGAAGGAGUGAGUGAGCCCGCCUGCUCGCCCGCCCGCCCGCUUGCGAGGGAGGAGCCGCUGCGGAGCCAGCCGCCACCUCCCCAGUCGGCAGCCGCCUUGCUAGCCGCGGCGUGUGCUCCUGAGCCCCUGCCGCCUCUCCUCCUCAGUUGGAUCGCCUGGGACGGCGGCGGGAGCGAGGAGGGGGCCGGACCAUGCCGUGGAAGCGAAGCCCUCGGAAGCCCUGGCGGCUUCCCCGGCGCUCGCUGGUGGCCGCGCUUUUCCUCUUCUCGCUCUCCUCUUCCUUCCUCUACUUCGUCUACGUGGCUCCCGGCAUUGUAAACACCUACCUCUUCAUGAUGCAAGCCCAAGGUAUUAUGAUACGUGAAAACAUGAGAACGAUAGGAGCUCAGGUUUAUGAACAGGUAGUCCGUAGUGCCUAUGCUAAGAGAAACAGCAGUGGGAAUGACUCAGCAGAUUAUCCUCUUGAUCUGAAUCACAAUGAAACCAUUCUGCAAACCACAACUUUUCUUCCUGAAGACUUUACGUACUUUCCAAACUAUACCUGCCCUGAAAGACUCCCUUCUAUGAAGGGUCCCAUUGAUGUAAAUAUGAGUGAAAUUAGUAUGGAGGAGAUCCACCAAUUCUUCUCUCAAGAUCCCACUAUCAAACUAGGAGGCCACUGGAAGCCUAAAGACUGCCUGCCUCGUUGGAAGGUGGCAAUCCUUAUUCCAUUCCGUAAUCGUUAUGAGCAUCUGCCAGUCCUUUUUAGGCAUCUUAUUCCAAUGUUGCAACACCAGCGCUUGCAAUUCGCAUUUUAUGUUAUUGAGCAAGCUGGUAACCAACCGUUUAACCGUGCCAUGCUGUUCAAUGUUGGCUUUCGGGAAGCAAUGAAGGACUUGGACUGGGAUUGUCUAAUUUUCCAUGAUGUUGACCAUAUACCUGAAAAUGACCGCAACUAUUAUGGAUGUGGCCAGAUGCCAAGACACUUUGCAGCAAAGCUGGAUAAAUAUAUGUAUCUACUUCCUUACAAUGAGUUCUUUGGAGGAGUAAGUGGCUUAACUGUGGAGCAAUUCCAAAAAAUCAAUGGCUUUCCAAAUGCCUUCUGGGGCUGGGGUGGAGAGGAUGAUGACCUUUGGAACAGGGUGCAUUAUGCAGGCUACUUGGUGACUCGACCAGAAGGAGAUACAGGGAAAUACAAGUCCAUUCCCCAUCAUCAUAGGGGUGAAGUGCAGUUCUUAGGAAGGUAUGCGCUGCUGAGAAAGUCCAAAGAGAGGCAAGAACUAGACGGUCUCAAUAACUUGAACUAUUUUCCAAAUAUUACAUAUCACGCCUUGUAUAAAAACAUAACUGUCAAUCUUACACCAGAGCUGGCUCUGGUGAAUGAAUACUAGGAAAAUAUGAAAGAAAAAGACAUGUUGAGAUAUUGUUUUGUAAGUGUCUCCUGGACAAAAAGAAAAUCUUGUAUCUAAUGAAGGAUCACAGUAUUUUGAAGAAUAAUACUCAAAAGCACGCACACAGAUCGUCAGACUGUAGACUCAUUCAGACUGUGGAGCGAGCUUGGACUUCACUUGCUUUUGGGUUUCUUUUUUUAAAGAACAGUGGUGUGACCUGCUGCUUUUGUCCAAGCAUUCCAUCUCCUUGAACAAUCUCCAGUACCAAACUGUGAUUAAAUGUGCUUUUCUGCUCAUGAAACCAGUUUGGCUGAAAAGGACGCUCUGGGCUUCUUGACUUGGAUGCUGGAAGCUAUCCUGUAGGCAGUAGCGCCUUAAUGGGAGAUGAACUGCUACCUAACAAUGAUAUCAUUCUCUACAUUUGUGUUUGUAUUGGUUUUCUAAUUGACCUGCUUGAAGAAGAAAAUAUAUAUAAAUAUAUGUACAGAAAAGAAUCACUUCUUAAAGAAGUGUAGGUGUAAAUAAGCUGUAUAAAUUGCUUUCCUUUUUUAUUUUAAAAAAUUAUUUUACAAUUCAAAACUGAAGUGAAGGUUUACAACUUAACUCAAGUAAGCCCCCGCCUGUUCAAGCACUUCAGCACAUUAUGAUGACAUUCAUGUAGGUAAUUCACUUUGGGUCUUCUUCCUAGUUGCUGUCAGGAUUGUGACCUUGUCCUCAGCUUCUGAAGCUUAACAAAUGGAAGCCAUAGCAGUGCUUAUUGGGGGGGAGAGAAAUCUUGCUUCAGGAGCAGGGAUUCUGUUUGUAAAAGAACUGAAGCUAAUCUUGGACAGCUUAAAAUCAUACAGGCUUUCAAUUUUUUUCACUGAUCCAUCAAAUUUUGCCAUAUAUCCCAUAGUAGCAAUGAAACAUCAAGAAAAAAGCAGAUUUUAUAUAGCAUCAAUUUUAUAAGGGACAGGUUCUCAAAAAAUGUCAAAAUCUCCACUUGUUCCUCUUAUCCACACAUUUCCAUUCAGACUUAAGUCUGCAAAUAUUAAAUGUGUCUUUGGAGGAAGUUCUACAGUGAUUGAUGGAGCUUAAUAUUUGAUGGGCAGCUGGUUAUGAAUAGUAUUUUGAUAUAUUUAUUGUGUAGAUGAAACUGUACACUGAACUAAUAUAGGCUAAAAUUGUAGGUUAGAGCUCUUGGUUAUCAUUAUUAACCAGAGGAAGAGUUGCACAAGUACAAAUACUGGGAUAAAUAUAUCUAGACUCCAAAUCAUAAUUAUAUGAAUGAAGGGCAUUGAGAUUAGUUCAGGGGAAAACCCUGAGUAUAGGACAGAAGUGCUUGGUCCAUAUCCCCCAUCCAGUUUCAGAAAUCCACAUCUUUUCUGAAACUCAUUUUAGAUUUGUGCCUUUUGUUUUUUGUUUUUGCUUUUGUUUUUGCUUUUUUUGAUUUUGCCCCCCCCCCCCCGGUUUGAAACCAAUCCAUUUGUUUAUAUAAUGGACAGACUCCUAUUGAUUAUUAUGUUGGCAUAGGUGCCGUGGCAUAAAUUGCAGUGGCAAAUUGCUCCUAGUUAACUAGUUGCUACUUAUACUCUUUGUUUUGUGCCAAGAUACACAACUGGUGAGUGGAUGAUGAGGAAUAGAAGCAGCUAUUCAUUAACUUGUAGCAAUUCAUGAUUGCAAUUUACCAUUUCACUUAAUGCAGAUGUAAAUAACUAGUAGGAUUUUGGCCAGUGUGUACAAGUUUUUUGUUUUUUUAUUUUGGCCUAGGGCCUAUAAUUCUGGUAAAUGUUGAAUUGCUUCUUAAGAUAUAUAUUAUAUAUUUAUAGACACAGAUUGUGAGUACUUAAUGUGAAAAGUACUUCAGUUUCUUUUACUACAUUGUUGCCUUCAAUUUCGUUAACUUGCAUAGUUUACACAUAGUUUUUUGGGUUCUGUGGAUGUAUGACCCCCCAUAUACAUUGAUUGUGGGUGUGACUAACCAGGCCUAUUUUUUUGUAUCUCAGAAGAGUUAUACGUGUGAGUGUAUGUGUGUGUUUGCUUUAUCAGCCGAUAUGAAAGAGCAGCUAGCCUGCCCUUGAGAGUGCUGAUGUGUGCUUUAAAAUAUUUCAUAAAGGAAUCUUUCAUGGCUGCUGCAAAGGUAAGACUUUGUCUUUUUUCCCUUUUCUUUCUUUAAUGGCGCAUAUAGCAAUAAAGACCCCUCCGUUUUAAUAUUUUUCAUGCCUGGAUAACAUCGAUACUUUCAUUUCUUAGUCCUUAUUUUAAACCCAGAAACCUGGCAGGAACCAACAGUUUUAUUUGAUGGUGCUUCAGUUGAGGAAUGUAUUUCAAACUAUCUGAAUUCAAGGUCACAUGUACAUAUGCCCAGACAAACUUAAGGCUAUCUUGCAGUUCAAAUCUUCAGACUGUCAAGGUAGACCAUCUCUGUAUUAUACUUUCUCUUGUUAGAUGAGAAGAGGAAUAAUCUCUGCUCAGAAAUGCACUUGUAAAAGAUUGGAAUGAAAGAGCCCAUUUCACUUCUUAAUCAAUGGGUUUGUGGGGUUUUUUGUUUGUUGUUUUGUUUGGUUUUUUGAUUUAUUUUUUUAAUAUGGAGUGUCUUUGAAAUGUGCACUGUUACUCCUUAUCAGCUAAGUCAAAUACUGUAUAGUAAAUGUAAUUGUUGAAAACAUAACUGUCAAGCGCAUGUGAUAUGAUGUUUUUUUUAAAUCAUUUUAAAAACUGUACAUUGGCAGCUGAAAUUUCAACAAUACCACUGCUCCCCAUCUUCAUGGCACUGUGUCAGCAAACUGUUAAGGGGGCAGAGCACUAUGAUAAAAUGUGUAUGUUUUUGUAUGAGCCAUGUGGGUCUUUAUUUGCUACAAUAUUUGUUUCAAAAUCAGUAACUUUUUGUAAAAGCUCCUAUGAAUGAGUUUACCAGCUGAGUGACCACCAUGCAUUUCCAAACAACUACUGUCAAAGAUACUAUUAAAUCAUAUGUAACUUUGUUUCAUCCUAUUGUUUUGAGCUUGCUCUUAUGUUUUCUAUCAGGUGCCAGGGUUACAUUUUUGCACUGAAAUCUAGUGUUUUGAAACACACAAUUUUCAGCAAAGCAAUCCAUUUUGUCAUUACAUUUAUUUACCCAUGUGUUUGUACAUUUUUGUAUUUGUUAAUUUAUGAAUGAUUUUUUCAGUAAAAGGAAUACAUAUUCAAGAACCAGGA